AGAGAACGGAUGAAUUUGCCAAAUUGCCAUGCUACCACCCUAGAGUGAGGCAUUCUUCAAAUAUGUGCUCACAGCUGUGUUAAUUUCAAAUUAUUUUGAGAAUCAGAAGGCAAUUGGUACGAAGUGGCAACAUUAACAUAUUGUCAUUUUGUGAAUUGCGCUAAAUGUGUUGAGUAGCCGCAAUAAUUCGAUUUAUACAACUUUUGUGAGAUUUUAUAAAUUUAUAACAGUUUCUUUUAUUGAUUGGGCGUAAAAUAUAUUUGAAAAUGGCGCUACAAUGUCCUGGUUCAGUGGAUGUAACCGAUAUACAAUUUAAGUUACAAAGUAAACAUAAAAUUUUUGGUGGGAAUUCUAAAUUGCGCGAUCACGUUAACUUAUUGGCAUGUGCCAGCAAUCAUGGUCUACUAUUUGUCGGCAAUCCAAAUGCCCCGGAAUUACAGUCUUAUAUUCUUCCUGAUGUUAUAUAUGCGAAGUUAAAAGGACAACCUGUGCACUUAAGAACCACGAAACUUCCUAAUGCGCCUAAUUCAAUUGCUUGCAAUGCAGAUGGGUCUAUGUUGGCGGUGAAUUACACAUUACAAGGUUAUGGUGUUUUGGAUAUUUAUCAUGUGCCAUCAUUUGCGAUUUCUGAUGUAAAGACAUUAUAUAGCAUACGCUUGCCCGAUCAAAACGUAUAUGCUUUACACAUACUAUGGAAUCCUGUAUUAUCAAAUGUCAUAGGUGUAGUGCUUAGCAAUGGUAAUUUUGCGUUGUAUACACUUAAAGAUGGUGGCGCAAUGGAAAUGCGUUCGCUGCAGAAUCAGCAAAUACAAUCCGCUUGUUGGUCGCCAAAAGGUAAACAGAUCGUGUUUGGACAUCCAAAUGGAAAAUUGCAACAAUAUAAACCCGACCUUACCAUUGUUAAAAGUAUCAUUUGCCCACCGAAUGUACAUCCUGGACCUUUCGAUACCAUAGCAUUACAUUGGUUAUCCACUUUUCAGUUUGUAGCAAGUUUUUUGCAGCAUGGAGAGGAGGCUAUGCCCAAUAUGUAUAUUAUAAAUGCGCCAAAAGGUGGAACACCAGUUUAUAUAAACUACAAUGAUGUAUGCUAUAGUGGUUCAGAACCGAGAAAACAACAAGUUACAUUCAUGCAUAUUGCACAGUGGAAUCUAUUGCUAGUUACAUCAGCAAAUGGUGUUGAAAUAGGGCUAUUGGGUACUAAAGAUGCUAAUGAUCAACCGCAAUGGGUUCAUUAUAUGUUGUUAGAUGAAGCGCGCAUUGAAAUGCCACUUACUGAAGGCAACGAUGAAACAUAUCCCAUUGGUUUGGCAUUGGAUAUUUCACCAACACAUGAGUUGAUAGUGGGAGAGAAGAAGUUACAUCCCAUGCCGGUUAUUCAUGUACUUUCUACACACGGUCAUUUGCUUUGUUUUAAUUUUUUGAAUUUGUCAGCAAAUGUAAAUAUUUGUUCGCCACCAGCACCAAUUCAAUACGCAAUGGCAAAGUUUAGCAUUUUGAACGAAAGCAGUUUAACUGAUUCGAAUAACACACAAAAGGAAGAGCGUGAAAAUUUGACAUUACCAUCAAUUGAACCACCGCCACCACCGGCACCCACAUUAACCUUCAACGCACAACCGCAAAUGAAUGUUGCUAAUCAAAACAUGUCGGCCUUUGGUGUGCCGGCAAACAAGAAUUUAUUCUCAGGUGGUUUUGAAGAAAAACCGCAAAAUCUAAAAUUUGGUGUGGCGGCUGCUAAUACUGAAACAUUGCCUAAUAUGUUAAACAAACCAACAGCACAAGCUGCGCCCUUGGCAACUGCGCAAAACACAUUAAAACCUGCGCCACCUACAGAAGUUUUUAAGCCAUUGUAUACGGUUUCACCGGAAUUUGCGCCACCACCGGUACAACCUGCGCAGCAAACUCAGCAAUCUCACUUUGAUAUUGCGGGAAAAUCAAAAACACACACACUAAAUUUAAAUGAAACAAAUACAGUGAUACAACAAAUGAUUGUGAUGCAAAUGACCGCAUUUGACAAGGAAAUUAAGCAACUAGCACAGAAGUCAAAACUAGCACUUCACGAAGAUCCGAGUAUCAUGAAGAGUUAUAGCAAACGCUUAAUUAACCUACAAGAAAUUAUUGAUCAAGCCAAUGAGCGCGACUUUAUAAAGGAUGUUCAAGAUCUACGCCACUCACUGACAGAAUCAUAUGAAAUGUUGAAUGAAUACCGUUCUAAACUAGAAACUUUUAAAAAUCCUGACGAACCAGGUGCAAAGUAUUUAUCAUUAUAUGAUUGCAUUAGUCAACGUCAAUUGAAAAGUCUUCAAAGCUAUCUCACCGUAAAUCAAAGUAUAAUGAAGCGCCUGGAGGAACAAAUGGACAUACAAUGGUCUUAUUAUCAAGAUUUAGUGCGUCGCAAUUCGAAAUGUCAAAUGCGUAUACCAUGCCUUGAUGGCAUAUAUCAACAAAUGACCAAACUGAAAGAUCUUAUCACACAACAACAGACGAAAUUGCAUUAUAUUAAAAACAUUAUGAAGCAAAAAGAUUUGGGUCGUGCUAGAACAGGCAGCGAUUGUCGAAAGGAAAGCACUCAAUUGAUAAAAUCGGAUGCGGGCAUUGUGUCAUUAGCAGAUUCUAUACUCUCCAUGACUAUACACAACAUUACAGAUGCCAAAAGCAAUAAAUUAUCAGAGAGUAAAUUGAAUGCUUUGCGAAAUUUUACAAAUCAACAAGGAAAGGUAAAAAUAAUCAAACCACAGCGUCCAAAUCGUAUUGAGCUGACAUCAGAGGUUAUUUUAGAAACCAAACAACUUAUCAAAAAGAAGGAAUCUAAAGACAAAGAAGUCAAAACCAGUAAAGCUGCUGAAAAAAUACAUGCGACAACAAAAAAAGAAACGCAGCAACAACAACAACAUUCAUUUAAACCUAUGCAAGCGCCCACUAAACAAAACGUUGAGCUCCAAGUGUUAAAGCUACAACAACAACAACAACCUGACCAACAGGCAUUACAGUUCUCAAAAGCGACACCAACAGCCGGAUAUUUCAGUAACUCACAGAGUACAGCACCACCUACAGCAGCUGUCCAACCUAAGCCACAAACAAGCACACCAUUUUCGACAUCCACUUUCGGUAGUGGCAACAAUUUUCAGCCGAAAGCUGAACCAAUUAAACACGAAAGCGGAAAUGAAAUGCCUAAAUUUACACCAAGUACUAAUACCUUCAAAACCGAUGUUGUUGAAAACAAACCAAACAGCCAUAUAACUGCAGCUAACAAAAGCACUUUACCAAAAACCGAUGCUGUUGAUAAAUCAUCAGCAACUGCAAUGAACUUCUCAUUUACAACAAAAGCCGAUGCGGCCGAUGUUGGCAAGUCCUCGUUAAGCUUCAACGCCACUUCGAAAGCAUUUAUCGGUUUUGGUCAACAAUCGUCAAAUACAAUGCCACAAACCAACUUAUUUAACGCAAAUAAGACAGCAGUUAAUGCAAAUGCUAAUCAAACGAACGAUGCGCCAAAAGCGUUCAGUUUUGGUAGCACCUUUAGUGCACUAACCGAUUUAAAUAAUGCCAACAAACCAAAUGCUGCGCAAAAUCAAACAAACAUAACGGCUAAUACAAACGCAACGGCAACAACACAACCAUUAUUUGGUACAACAACAAUGCAACCAACAAUUUUCAAUAAACAGAACGAGAACCAAUAUUUCGCAACCCAAACAGCACCCUACGCAGGCGCCAGUGCAAUUGGUAUGGAAAAAAUAUCCACUGCUGAUACACAAACAAAGAGUACGCCUUUGGUAAACGCUUUGACUAAGGAUGCAACAGAGCUUAGUGUUGUCGGUGCCGUUGGUGCAGCACAAACAAAGAGUGAGGCAGAUGACAUGUAUUUGAAAUCUUUGAAUAUCUGCAAACCAACACCGAAAGAAGCUGUGAAACCCAAAGAUGGCAGUGUGUUCUCCUUUAGUUUAAAUACGGAGAAUAAUCCGCCCGGCGCUUUUCCGAGCAUGCAACCGGAAUUAUCGAUUUCCAAAGUUAAUACAAUUACAACAAACACAACCGCAACAAUAACACCAACGAUUUUCGGCAAGCUUACAACAACAGAACAGUCGUCUUCACCAUUCAAUGUCGCCAAUACAAAUGUAUCUGCAUUUGGUAGUACUUUAGGCUCCAGCACACCAUCCACAUUAUCUAUACCGACAACUAGCAGUAUUGGUGGCGCAGGCGCAUCUGCGUUUUCAUUUACGAGCUCAACGCUCUUCAAACAGCUGCCGACUUUCCAAAAUCAAACUGCUGCAAGUACCACUACUACUGCUGCAGCUACCGGUGUGGCAACAUCGGCAACUAUAAGCGCACCUAUCACAGCUAAAACAGCGCCAGCAGAAGCAACUGCUUUUACUACAACAACUACACACGCUCCCACAGCAGCAUUAGCGUCUACUGCUGCAAUAACGGUUGCUGCCGCCACAACAAUCCUAACACCAACGCCAUCACCUACAAUAGUGGCACCCAACGCUGUCUCGUCGGCAUCAGUUAGCAGCGCAACCAGUCCAUUCUUUUCAACGAUUGCAGCCGCUAAAGCGCCUAGCGAAUCGCUGUUUGGCAAUUUAGGACAGCCAACUCAAGCUGCAAGCCCCGUAAGCUCUCUUGCAAAAACUGAGAAUGCUGCGCAACCGGCAACGACCACAAAUGUGUCGGCAUUUGGUGGCCUAUCUUUGGGUAGUCAAGCACCAGCUGCCAGUGGUGGCAGUAUCUUUGGCAACUCUAGUAGCGUAGGAUUUGGUGCUGCCACGGGUGGCAUAUUCGCCGCUGCCGCAGCUGCCACUAUGCCAACAAGCCCAUCAGCGGCUGUCGGCAAUACCUCCGCUGGUUCCAUAUUUGGUAACAGUGCCGUUAAGAGUCCUGACAGUACUGCUGGGUCGAUUUUCGGCAACGCCGCAGCAAAACCGGCUGAAAAUACUGCAUCUAUAUUUGGCAAUGCGGUCGUUAAGAGCGCUGAUAGUACAGGUGGUUCUAUAUUUGGUGGUGCUCCCUCCAAAAAUCCGGACGCCGUUAAUGUUUUCGGUUCACCAACACCAGCCAAUGCAGCUGUGAGUAGUGGUUCGAUUUUCGGUCAAUCAACUGGUAGCAUUUUCGCUUCUGCCGCCGCCGCCAGUAAACCGGAUUCAACGCCCACACCAUCGGGUUUCAGUUUUGUUGGUUCGGCUUUCGGUGCUGCGCCGAAUAAUACUGCUGCAUCUGGUGGCUCUAUAUUUGGUGGUGGCGCAGUUGCAACCGAUGCACAACAGCAACAGCAGCAAUCAAAUAUAUUUAGUUCACCCGUCAGUGGUUUUGGUGCAACAGCCAAUUCGCCGUUCAGUUCAUUCUCACAAGGUGGCUCUUCAAUAGCAAGCACAGGUUUUGGUUCACCUACACAGCAACAGCAAACGGGUGCUUUUCCACGACCAGUUUUCGGUGGUGCGCCAACAUUCGGUAGUCCACCGGCCUUCGGGGCACAACCUAGUUUUGGUGGCGCACCAACUUUUGGUAGUCCCAAAGGUUUCGGCUCAUUUGCCACGCCCACAACCACCGCCUUCAGUACGCCUACAACGCAGAGCAGCAAUAUUUUUGAAGCUUUGGGCUCGACCGAUACAGGCUUGUCUUUUGGUAAUCUAGCACAGACGACGAAUACUCCGCCAAAUGCUCCGAAGCCUAUAUUCGGCGGCUCCUCAUUCAUGAAUUAUCGUGCAUAAAUGUGCCACAAUGACUGCGUGAAGGCGUGCGCGGAUAACAGGUUACAAUUUCAAACGAUUCUAUUUAAGUUACUGAAAUUAUAUAAUAAAAGAAAAUACAUAUACGCACGAAAAUGCGUUAACUAUCCAAUUUCAAUAUCCAAUGAAUACGUUUUCGAAGUUAAUACAAAAGCUUAAUAUUUAUUUAUUGAAAUAUGUAUGUUAGUAGUUUCAGCAAAAAAAAAUAAAAAAUAAUUUAAAAA